AUGGCCGACCUCAUGGCCAGCCGUCCUGCCAACAACGGCGCGCGCACCACCGCCGGUCCCACGCCCGUCACCCACGCCGACCGCUCCAACAUACGCACCCCGCAGAUGAUCAUGAACGAGCGACGCCAGCGAGAAGCAGCACGCAGGCAGCAGACCGAGGCCGAAGAGCAGCGCAAGGCCGACGAAGAGCGCCGCCGAAGCGUCGAGCGGAGAGCCCAAGCCGUUGCUGGCGUAGCUGCCACCAACCCCCUUGCUGAGCCCGGGCAACCGAGACAGCCCCAGCACCCUCCCUCGCGAUCUGGCGACCAACACGUCCGCUACCCAUCCACCGGCGCUCCCCGCCAGCCAGACGGCAUGCUGCCACCCUCGAGCCGCCCGCAAGACGCCGCGCCAGGCGCACAGCAACCACGCUCCAGAGCAAACUCGCAGGCCCCGCAACAGCCUCGUCCCGCACAGACGGCGCCUGUGUCCACUGGCGAGAGACGGCAACCGUCAGGCGACCGCACACACGCACGCCGCCCGUCAGGUGCUUCGGCGUCUGCGCAAGCUGGGCCAUCGACAGCACCACCACCGCGUCCGGCGCCACUGCCAGACGCUUCGCAGACUCAGCUUCGCGACUCGACCACGUCCAACUUCCCCCAUGCCUUUGAACGCUGGGAGACGCUCUCCUCCCACUGGGAAGGCCUUACCUCUUACUGGAUACGGAGGCUCGAGCAGAACACCGACGAAGUUCGCCGAGAGCCCCUGGCACAGCAGAUGUCACGCCAGAUCACCGACCUGUCCGCCGCUGGUGCCAACCUAUUUCAUGCCGUAGUCGAACUCCAGCGUCUGCGCGCAUCGUCCGAACGCAAGUUCCAGAGAUGGUUCUACGAGCAUCGACAAGACCAAGAGAAGGCCCAGGAGCGCGAGGCCUCCUUCGAAGCGACCCUGAAAGGCGAGCGCGAAGCAAGGAUGACGGCCGAAGUCAACAUGGAGCGCAUGGCUACCGAGAAGAAGAACGCUGAGCGUGCAGUGUCCGAGAUGAAGCGCGAACUGCAGAUUUCCAAAGAGGAAGCUCGACGGGCGUGGGAAGAGCUGGGGAGACGGGAGCAGGAAGAACGCGACCGCACUUUCUCGCUGCGCGAAGGCCAACCCACGUUGGUUGGCGGCGUGCAAGUCGUGCCCACAGCGCAAGGGAUGGGCAGCGCGGCGAGGUCUCCCGGUGACGAUGCAUACGCUGGCGCUCAGAGCAGCAGUAACAUCGAGCAACACUACUCGUACGAGGACGCGCAGUCGCCCACAGACACGGACCCGUUCACCGAAGCCCGCCACGGCCAUCGCGAGCAGGACAUCUCCAACCUCUCUCAAGGCGCAUAUGUACCGUCCGGUGCCGCGUCAUCGUCUCAGCCAGUCAGCUCCAGCCAGAUUGCCGCCCACCCCAUCGCCCCUGGUCCUGUCGUCCAGUACCCCAUGCCCUCACAGCGCGGCCAGCAAGCCCCUGUGCAGCCCGCGACCUCGCACCCAGAAGCCUUCUACCAACAGCCCGAAUCCUACCUCCACGAAGGCCGACCCACCAACAGCAUGGCCGAGGAUUCACAGUCCUACGUCACAUCGCAAGCGGACGAAACCGACGACGGCGACGAAGAGUACGCCAUCGACAGUCGAGGAGAUUACAUUCUCGACGACUCCGGUCACCGCGUGCCCUUCCGCUCUCUCCAAUCGCCCAUGUCUGACGAAUACGACGUCAGCGAAGAUCGUCGACGGGAGCUGGAACACCUGCAGCGCUACGGCUCUGCCGCCAACCCCCCGAGUCAUUACGCGACUACAGACGCCGAGCAGGGCAGCCCACACGGGCAGGGCUACGCGAUGGCUCAGCCGCCGGUGCCCGACUACAGCGGCGACGGGUACGGUGACGAAUGGAUCGGCAUGAGACACCACCAUCCAACGCGCCUGAGCGACGUGCCCGAGGAGGAUGAGAGGAGCAGGGCGAGUCCGACGAGCAGGGCGAGCAUUACCAGUCGAGGCAGACUCUUCUAG